AUGUGGUCGAAAUUGGUCCGGCUGGUAGUGGCGCUUGCCUGCGUCACACGUCAAGUGCAAGGCCAAUGUUCGUUUACGCUCGAUAUGAAGUUUGGAUCGGUGUAUCAGCUUAUCUCGCCCCGGUAUCCUUCGCGGUACGGGCCCAACGUGCAGUGUACGUACGUAAUACGCGCACCGUACGGGUACCGGAUCGCACUCGACUGUCCCACGUUUCAGAUACCGAGCAGUACCGACUGUCGGUUGGACUCGUUCAGAGUGUCCCGCAGUGGAUUGAUGGAUUUUUCCGACGCGUACACGUACUGUGGAGCUGGACGAUUACAGGAAAAAUCGGACGCCAAUCAGAUGACGAUACGGUUAACAUCGGCACCGACCAGCGAGGGUGGACUGUUUUCCUGCACCCUUUCCAUCCCGCAGCAGAGUUGCGAGUGUGGCCGCAAGAAGACGCAACGGAUCGUUAACGGCGUGGAAACGACGGUAAACGAGUUCCCUAUGAUGGCUGCCUUGAUAGACGUCAAAACGAAAACUGUCAUUUGCGGUGCCACUAUCGUUACGAACAGUUACGCCCUGACGGCCGCCCACUGUCUGUUGCAGCGUACCACGACCGAUACGGUGCUGCUGGUGGGUGAUCACAAUAUCAAGACCGGAAGCGACACCUCCUACUCGCAGGUGUACAUCGUGGCGCAGUUCAUGAGCCAUCCGAGCUUCACGGUCAAACCGGUAUCGAACGAUAUAGCGCUAGUGCGCACGCAGCAGCCAAUUCAGUACAAUCCGGCGGUUGGACCCGUCUGCUUACCCUGGGGCUAUACGAGCCAAUCGUUCGAGGGCAGAACGGUCGAAGCAACCGGAUGGGGUGAUUUGGACUUUGGGGGACCGAGAGCUGACGCACUAAACAAGGUACAGCUGAACGUGAUUGGAAACUCGGAUUGUUCCCGACGGCUGGGAGUGACGGUUCCGUACCAGCAGCUCUGCACCUACACUGCCAAUCGAGACACGUGUCAGGCUGAUUCUGGUGGUCCACUGUUUUACACUAAUCCUGCCACAGGCUUGCUGUACAACGUCGGAAUCGUAAGCUUCGGUAUUGCCUGUGCCACCGAUAAGCCAAGCGUCAAUACGAGGGUCACCGAGUUUCUCGAUUGGAUUAUGGUCAACACUCCGAGAUCGUUUUACUGCUAUCAGUAG